CCGAUAGCAAAAAAGGAAUUUAACAUAUAAAAGAUGAAAAAGUAUCAUUUAGUAGUGAUUUUAGUAUUUAAAAUACAUGUUGUUGAAAUGAUACAAACAUUUGGGCCAGGCAACAUAAAUGCUGCAAGUAUCAGUUUAACAACAAACAAACCUUCAUAUAUUUCACAAAAAUCAACAACUAAAAUUAAUAACUUAGUGACAAAAUGUGAAGAUGAGGUGAAAAAUACUUUUACUGACACUCAAAGAGAUAACUCUUUAUUAAAAGAUUUUCAGAGUAAUCAGAAUCUAAUUAGUAAUAAACAAAACACUAUAACUAAAUGUGAUCAGGAAAUUAUAAAAAUAAAACCACUUUCAGUGGUAAAUAAAACACAAGUAAUAACUUUAUCAACCAAAAUUUUUCCUUUAUCAACUUUAAAUAAAAACUUAACUACAAUAAACAAAUGUGAAGAUGAAACUUUAAUUACAAAAUCAAGAAGUAACGAAAAGUUAAUUAGCAUCGAAAAUAAAAUAACAGUAAGUACAAAAGUCUUAACAAAUUUAGAUCAAACUUUAAAUAAAACUCGAAUAAUAAUUUCCCCAACAAAAGCUUCUACUCUGUCAACUUCAUCUAAAAAUUUUGUUUCAGAUGAAGAUGAAUCUUUAAAAAUAACGAAAAGUAACCAAAAUUUAAGUAACCGAGAAAAUAUCACAACAAAAAAUGCUCAGAUAAUUAUACAAAAUGACAAAAGCAUCUCCAAAUGUGAGCUUGAAAAAGAAACUAAAAAAGUUAUAAAGAAUACAACUGCAAUACCUAAAACUUCAUCAGAAGCAAAUGAAAAAGACAAAACAAUUAUGCCAACCAUAAUUACAAGGUGUGAAAAUGAAAUAUUAUAUUAUAAAUCUAUUAAUCAAAUAGAUAUUUCUGAAAAACCUUCUGUAUCAACAAAAUCAACAAUUUCAGAACAAAAGACAGAUAAUAAAGAAUCUACUAGAGCAUCAUUAUUCUCAGCUCAACCAACCUCAACUGCAGGACCUGAAGAAGAAACCUCGUCAAUCCGAAUAGUUCUAAGUUCAUCAUUGUCACCAAUUUCAUCAAAGUUACCAACAUCUAUUGAACAGAAAACAUCUCAGAAACCUUUCGUACCAGAUAAGUCAACAGUUUUAUCAACAAAGGAGGAAAAAACACAAUAUACUCAAGCAUCAUCAGUCUCUCGCACACCAACCUUUAAUGCAACAACUAAAGAGCAUCAGGCCUCAGAAAAAAUUAAGCAAAUUAGUACAACAAUAUCACCAAUUUCAUCAACAUCUAUAGAACAAAAAGCAUCUUACAAACCUUCCGUAACAGAAAAGUCAACAAUUUCAACAACAACACCUGAUAAAUUACAAUCUACUCAAACAUCAUCAGUUCCCGUUCAACCAACCUCAUGUGCUGAAGAACAUCAAACCUCAACAAUAAAAAACCAAGUAAGUACAAAACUAACACCAAUUUCAUCAGAAUUACCAAUAUCAAAUAAAUUUGAAACAACUCAAAAAUCUUCUCCAUCAGAAAAAUCAACAUUUUCAAUUAAAAAGAGCGAUCUAACACAAUCUACUAAAGCAUCAUCAGUCACAUUUCAACCAACCACUUGUGCUGAUGAACAUAUAAUAACGAAACAGAUAAGUACAACAGGGUCACCCAUUUCAUCAAAGUUAUCAACAUCUAUUCAACAGGAAACAUCUCAGAAACCUUAUGUAUCAGAAAAGUCAACAAUUUUAGCAACAAAAUCUGAUAAAACACAAUCUAGCCAAGCAUCAUCAGUAUCUGAUAAACUAACCUCUACUGCAGCAACUGAAGAACUUAAAACCUCAUCAAUAGAAAAGCAAUUCAGUACAAUAGUGUCACCGACUUCAUCAAAGUUACAAACAUCUAUUGAAAAGGAGACAUCUCAAAAAUUUUCUGGAUCGGAAAAGUCAACAAUUGUAGUUACAAAGAAUGUGGAAACUCAAUCUACUCAAGCAUCAUCAGUACCUGGUAAACCAACCUCUACUGCAGCAACUGAAGAACUUAAAACCUCAUCAAUAGAAAAACAAUUCAGUACAACAGUGUCACCGACUUCAUCAAAAUUACAAACAUCUAUUGAACAGGAGACAUCUCAGAAAUUUUCUGGAUCGGAAAAGUCAACAAUUGUAGUUACAAAGAAUGUGGAAACUCAAUCUACUCAAGCAUCAUCAAAAUCUAGUAAACCAACCUCUACUGCAGCAACUGAAGAACAUCAAACCUCAGCAAUAGAAAAACAAUUUGGUACAACAGUGUCAACAAUUUCAUCAAAGUUACCAACAUUUAUUCAACAGGAAACAUCUCAGAAAUCUUCUGUACUGGAAAAGUCAACAGUUGCAGCAACACAGACUGAUAAAGCACAACCUAGCCAAGCAUCAUCAGUAUCUGAUAAACUAACCUCUACUGCAGCAACUGAAGAACGUCAAACCUCAUCAAUAGAAAAGCAAUUCAGUACAACAGUGUCACCGACUUCAUCAAAGUUACAAACAUCUAUUGAACAUGAGACAUCUCAGAAAUUUUCUGGAUCGGAAAAAUCAACAAUUGUAGUUACAAAGAAUGUGGAAACUCAAUCUACUCAAGCAUCAUCAAAAUCUAGUAAACCAACCUCUACUGCAGCAACUGAAGAACGUCAAACCUCAUCAAUAGAAAAACAAUUUGGUACAACAGUGUCACCAAUUUCAUCAAAGUUACUAACAUCUAUUCAACAGGAAACAUCUCAGAAAUCUUCUGUGUUGGAAAAGUCAACAGUUAUAACAACACAGACUGAUAAAGCACAAUCUAGCCAAGCAUCAUCAGUAUCUGAUAAACUAACCUCUACUGCAGCAACUGAAGAACGUCAAACCUCAUCAAUAGAAAAGCAAUUCAGUACAACAGUGUCACCGACUGCAUCAAAGUUACAAACAUCUAUUGAAAAGGAGACUACUCAGAAAGUUUCUGGAUCGGAAAAGUCAACAAUUGUAGUUACAAAAAAAGUGGAAACACAAUCUACUCAAGCAUCAUCAGUACCUGGUAAACCAACCUCUACUGCAGCAACUGAAGAACUUAAAACCUUAUCAAUAGAAAAACAAUUCAGUACAACAGUAUCACCGACUUCAUCAAAGUUACAAACAUCUAUUGAACAGGAGACAUCUCAGAAAUUUUCUGGACCGGAAAAGUCAACAAUUGUAGUUACAAAGAAUGUGGAAACUCAAUCUACUCAAGCAUCAUCAAAAUCUAGUAAACCAACCUCUACUGCAGCAACUGAAGAACAUCAAACCUCAGCAAUAGAAAAACAAUUUGGUACAACAGUGUCACCAAUUUCAUCAAAGUUACCAACAUCUAUUCAACAGGAAACAUCUCAGAAAUCUUCUGUGUUGGAAAAGUCAACAGUUAUAACAACACAGACUGAUAAAGCACAAUCUAGCCAAGCAUCAUCAGUAUCUGAUAAACUAACCUCUACUGCAGCAACUGAAGAACGUCAAACCUCAUCAAUAGAAAAGCAAUUCAGUACAACAGUGUCACCGACAACAUCAAAGUUACAAACAUCUAUUGAAAAGGAGACAUCUCAGAAAUUUUCUGGAUCGGAAAAGUCAACAAUUGUAGUUACAAAAAAUGUCGAAACACAAUCUACUCAAGCAUCAUCAGUACCUGGUAAACCAACCUCUACUGCAGCAACUGAAGAACUUAAAACCUUAUCAAUAGAAAAACAAUUCAGUACAACAGUGUCACCGACUUCAUCAAAGUUACAAACAUCUAUUGAACAAGAGACAUCUCAGAAAUUUUCUGGAUCGGAAAAGUCAACAAUUGUAGUUACAAAGAAUGUGGAAACUCAAUCUACUCAAGCAUCAUCAAAAUCUAGUAAACCAACCUCUACUGCAGCAACUGAAGGACAUCAAACCUCAGCAAUAGAAAAACAAUUAGGUACAACAGUGUCACCAAUUUCAUCAAAGUUACCAACAUCUAUUCAACAGGAAACAUCUCAGAAAUCUUCUGUGUUGGAAAAGUCAACAGUUAUAACAACCCAGACUGAUAAAGCACAAUCUAGCCAAGCAUCAUCAGUAUCUGAUAAACUAACCUCUACUGCAGCAACUGAAGAACGUCAAACCUCAUCAAUAGAAAAGCAAUUCAGUACAACAGUGUCACCGAAUACAUCAAAGUUACAAACAUCUAUUGAAAAGGAGACAUCUCAGAAAUCUUCUGUACUGGAAAAGUCAACAAUUGUAGUUACAAAAAAUGUCGAAACACAAUCUACUCAAGCAUCAUCAGUACCUGGUAAACCAACCUCUACUGCAGCAACUGAAGAACUUAAAACCUCAUCAAUAGAAAAACAAUUCAGUGCAACAGUGUCACCGACUUCAUCAAAGUUACAAACAUCUAUUGAACAAGAGACAUCUCAGAAAUUUUCUGGAUCGGAAAAGUCAACAAUUGUAGUUACAAAGAAUGUGGAAACUCAAUCUACUCAAGCAUCAUCAAAAUCUAGUAAACCAACCUCUACUGCAGCAACUGAAGGACAUCAAACCUCAGCAAUAGAAAAACAAUUAGGUACAACAGUGUCACCAAUUUCAUCAAAGUUACCAACAUCUAUUCAACAGGAAACAUCUCAGAAAUCUUCUGUGUUGGAAAAGUCAACAGUUAUAACAACCCAGACUGAUAAAGCACAAUCUAGCCAAGCAUCAUCAGUAUCUGAUAAACUAACCUCUACUGCAGCAACUGAAGAACGUCAAACCUCAUCAAUAGAAAAGCAAUUCAGUACAACAGUGUCACCGAAUACAUCAAAGUUACAAACAUCUAUUGAAAAGGAGACAUCUCAGAAAUCUUCUGUACUGGAAAAGUCAACAAUUGUAGUUACAAAAAAUGUCGAAACACAAUCUACUCAAGCAUCAUCAGUACCUGGUAAACCAACCUCUACUGCAGCAACUGAAGAACUUAAAACCUCAUCAAUAGAAAAACAAUUCAGUGCAACAGUGUCACCGACUUCAUCAAAGUUACAAACAUCUAUUGAACAGGAGACAUCUCAGAAAUUUUCUGGACCGGAAAAGUCAACAAUUGUAGUUACAAAGAAUGUGGAAACUCAAUCUACUCAAGCAUCAUCAAAAUCUAGUAAACCAACCUCUACUGCAGCAACUGAAGAACAUCAAACCUCAGCAAUAGAAAAACAAUUUGGUACAACAGUGUCACCAAUUUCAUCAAAGUUACCAACAUCUAUUCAACAGGAAACAUCUCAGAAAUCUUCUGUGUUGGAAAAGUCAACAGUUAUAACAACACAGACUGAUAAAGCACAAUCUAGCCAAGCAUCAUCAGUAUCUGAUAAACUAACCUCUACUGCAGCAACUGAAGAACGUCAAACCUCAUCAAUAGAAAAGCAAUUCAGUACAACAGUGUCACCGACAACAUCAAAGUUACAAACAUCUAUUGAAAAGGAGACAUCUCAGAAAUUUUCUGGAUCGGAAAAGUCAACAAUUGUAGUUACAAAAAAUGUCGAAACACAAUCUACUCAAGCAUCAUCAGUACCUGGUAAACCAACCUCUACUGCAGCAACUGAAGAACUUAAAACCUUAUCAAUAGAAAAACAAUUCAGUACAACAGUGUCACCGACUUCAUCAAAGUUACAAACAUCUAUUGAACAAGAGACAUCUCAGAAAUUUUCUGGAUCGGAAAAGUCAACAAUUGUAGUUACAAAGAAUGUGGAAACUCAAUCUACUCAAGCAUCAUCAAAAUCUAGUAAACCAACCUCUACUGCAGCAACUGAAGAACAUCAAACCUCAGCAAUAGAAAAACAAUUAGGUACAACAGUGUCACCAAUUUCAUCAAAGUUACCAACAUCUAUUCAACAGGAAACAUCUCAGAAAUCUUCUGUGUUGGAAAAGUCAACAGUUAUAACAACCCAGACUGAUAAAGCACAAUCUAGCCAAGCAUCAUCAGUAUCUGAUAAACUAACCUCUACUGCAGCAACUGAAGAACGUCAAACCUCAUCAAUAGAAAAGCAAUUCAGUACAACAGUGUCACCGAAUACAUCAAAGUUACAAACAUCUAUUGAAAAGGAGACAUCUCAGAAAUCUUCUGUACUGGAAAAGUCAACAAUUGUAGUUACAAAAAAUGUCGAAACACAAUCUACUCAAGCAUCAUCAGUACCUGGUAAACCAACCUCUACUGCAGCAACUGAAGAACUUAAAACCUCAUCAAUAGAAAAACAAUUCAGUGCAACAGUGUCACCGACUUCAUCAAAGUUACAAACAUCUAUUGAACAGGAGACAUCUCAGAAAUUUUCUGGACCGGAAAAGUCAACAAUUGUAGUUACAAAGAAUGUGGAAACUCAAUCUACUCAAGCAUCAUCAAAAUCUAGUAAACCAACCUCUACUGCAGCAACUGAAGAACAUCAAACCUCAGCAAUAGAAAAACAAUUUGGUACAACAGUGUCACCAAUUUCAUCAAAGUUACCAACAUCUAUUCAACAGGAAACAUCUCAGAAAUCUUCUGUGUUGGAAAAGUCAACAGUUAUAACAACACAGACUGAUAAAGCACAAUCUAGCCAAGCAUCAUCAGUAUCUGAUAAACUAACCUCUACUGCAGCAACUGAAGAACGUCAAACCUCAUCAAUAGAAAAGCAAUUCAGUACAACAGUGUCACCGACUACAUCAAAGUUACAAACAUCUAUUGAAAAGGAGACAUCUCAGAAAUUUUCUGGAUCGGAAAAGUCAACAGUUGUAGUUACAAAAAAUGUGGAAACACAAUCUACUCAAGCAUCAUCAGUACCUGGUAAACCAACCUCUACUGCAGCAACUGAAGAACUUAAAACCUUAUCAAUAGAAAAACAAUUCAGUACAACAGUAUCACCGACUUCAUCAAAGUUACAAACAUCUAUUGAACAGGAGACAUCUCAGAAAUUUUCUGGACCGGAAAAGUCAACAAUUGUAGUUACAAAGAAUGUGGAAACUCAAUCUACUCAAGCAUCAUCAAAAUCUAGUAAACCAACCUCUACUGCAGCAACUGAAGAACGUCAAACCUCAUCAAUAGAAAAGCAAUUCAGUGCAACAGUGUCACCGACUUCAUCAAAGUUGCCAACAUCUAUUCAACAGGAAACAUCUCAGAAAUCUUCUGUAUUGGAAAAGUCAACAAUUCAAGCAACAAAUACUGAUAAAGCAAAGUCUACCCAAGCGUCAUCAGUAUCUGGUAAACUAACAUUUACUAUAUCAACUGAAGGUCAUCAAACCGCAGCAAUAGAAAAGCAGUUCAGUACAACUCUGUUGCCUAUUGCAUCUUCAUCUGUUAAAGCAAAAACAUCCAUUAAACCUUCUUUAUCAGAAAAGUCUACGAUUUUGGCAACAACAGCUGAUGAAUUACAAACUUUUAAAACAUCAUCAGUUCCAGUAGAACCCACUUCGUGUGCUGAGGAACAUCAAAUCUCAACAAAUAAAAAUCGUAUAACUACAAAGGUGACUCUGAUUUCCUCAAAAUUACCGAUAUCAAUUGAACUUGAUGUGUCUUCUCAAAAAUCUUCUUUUAUAGAAAAAACAACAAUUUUAUCUACAAAGAAUGAUCAAACCCAAUCUACUCAAGCAUCAUCAGUUCAACCAAGCACUUGUGCUGACGAACAUAAAUCAAUAAAACAGUUUAGUACAACAGAAUCAUCAAUUUCAUCUAAUUUGCUAACAUCUGUUAAACAGGAAACAUCUCAAAGUUCUUCUAUAUUAGAAAAGACAACAGUUUUAGCAACAACAUCUGAUCAAUUACAUUCUUCUAGAACAUCAUCAGUUCCAGUUCAACCAUCUUCAUGUUCUGAAGAACAUCAAACCCCAACAAUAAAAAACCAAGUAAGUACAAAGUCAACACCUAUUUCAUCAAAAAUACCAAUAUCAAAUAAAGUUGAAACAUCUCAAAAAUCUUCUCUACCAGAAAAAACAAUAAUUUCAGUUGCAAACAGUGAUCUAACACAUUCUACUAAAGCAUCAUCAGUCCCAUUUCAACCAAUCACUUGUGCUGAUGAACAUAUAAUAAUGAAACAGAUAAGUACAACAGGGUCACCAAUUACAUCCAAAUUACCAAUAUCUACUGAACAGGAAACAUCUCAGAAGUCUUAUGUAUCAGAAAAGUCAACUAUUGUAGCAACAAAAACUGAUAAAACACGAUCUACCCAAGCAUCAUCAGUAUCUGGUAAGUUAACAUCAUCUGCAUCAACUAAAGAAGAUCAAACCUCAGCAAUAGAAAAGGAAUUCAGUACAACAGUGUCACCAAUUUCAUCUAAGUUAUCAACAUCUAUUGAACAAGAAACAUCUCAGAAAUAUUCUGUAUCGGAAAAGUCAACAUUUGUAGCAACAAAAGAUGUCAAAACACAAUCUACUCAAGCAUCAUCAGUAUCUGGUAAACCAUCAUUCUCUGCAGCAACUGAAGAACAUCAAACCUCAGAAAUAGAAAAGCAGUUCAGUUCGACAGUGUCACCAAUUUCAUAUAAGUCACCAACAUCUAUUAACCAAGAAACAUCUCAGAAAUCUUCUAUAUUAGAAAAGUCAACAAUUUUAGCAACAAAAACUGAUAAAACACAAUCGAAUCUAGAACCAUUAGUUUCUAUUAAAUCAACCUCUACUGGUGCAACGGAAGAACAACAAACUUCAGGAAUUUUUAAACAAUUCAGUACAACAGUAAUACCUAUUUCAUCAUUAUCUAUUGAAACAAUAACAUCCAAUAAACCUUCUGUAUCAGAAAAGUCAACACUUUCAGCAACAACAGUUGAUGAAUUAAAUUCUUCUAGAACAUCAUCAGUUCCAGUUCAACCAUCUUCAUGUUCUGAAGAACAUCAAACCCCAACAAUAAAAAACCAAGUAACUACAAAACUAACACCUAUUUCAUCAAAAUUACCAAUAUCAAAGAAAGUUGAAACAACUCAAAAAUCUUCUCUAUCAGAAAAAACAACAAUUUCAGUUACAAACAGUGAUCUAAUACAUUCUACUAAAGCAUCAUCAGUCCCAUUUCAACCAACCACUUGUGCUGAUGAACAUAUAACAAUAAAACAGAAAAGUACAACAGGGUCACCAAUUACAUCUAAAUUACCAAUAUCUACUGAGCAGGAAACAUCUCAGAAAUCUUAUGUAUCAGAAAUGUCAACAAUUGAAUCAACAAAAAAUGAUAAAACACAAUCUACCCAAGCAUCAUCAGUAUCAGGUAAGCCAACAUCAUCUGCACCAACUAAAGAACAUCAAACCUCAGCAAUAGAAAAGGAAUUCACUACAAUAGUGUCACCGACUUCAUCAAAAAUACAAACAUCUGUUGAACAGAAAACAUCUCAGAAACCUUCUGUAUCAGAAAAGUCAACCAUUUUAGCAACUAAAACAGACAAAACACAAUUAACCAAAGCCUCAUUGGUAUCUGACAAACCAAUCUCUACUGCAGCAACUGAAGAACAUCAGAUAUCAUCAAUAGAAAAGCAAUUUAGUACAACAGUGUCACCAGUUUCAUCAAAGUUGCCAACAUCUAUCCAACAGGAAAUAUCUCAGCAAUCUUCUGUGUUAGAAAAGUCAACAAUUGCAUCAACAAAGACUGAUAAAACACAAUCUAGCCAAGCAUCAUCAAUAGAGAAGAAAAUCAGUACAUCAGUUUCACCGUUUUCAUCUAAAGUUCCAACAUCUAUUUACCAGGAAACAUCUCAUGAACAUUCUGUAUCAGACAAGUACUCAGUUUUUGAAUCAACAACAACUGGUAAGACUCAAUCUUCAAAAGUUUCAUCAAUUCUAGUUAAACCAACAUCUUUUCUUACAACUAGUGAACACGAUAAUAAUGUCUCAACAAUUAUUUCAACUUCAAUGCAACAAAAUGCAUCAAAAGUAAAAUCAUCUUUUGAAACAACAAAAGAUGAUUUUAAAACAACAACAUCAAAGCACAAUACUAAGACGUUUGAUUUCACAAAAACAUCAACAGAAACAUUAGUUUCAACCAAUAAGAGGUCAUCAAAACGACCCCCUAAAAUAAAAAUAAGAAUUAUAUCCUGUAAUGAUUCAAGUACUAGUAACUUAAAAAUAAGUACAACAUCUUCACCAGUUUCAUCAACAUCUGCAGAUAUUGGAACAACCUUAAAAGCCUCAACUACAUCUUCAACAAUUGCUUCAACUGUCACUUUACAAGAUUCAACAAUACAGCAGCAAUCAACUGACUCAACUACUUCUGAAACAUCAACUGAUGUACUUUCAAGUGUAUCUAGUCAGUCUGUAGAAAGCACUGUACCAACAUCUACAGUUACUGAUACUGAUACUUUCUCCGAAGUCUCUUCAGUUUCAUCAACAUCUGCAGAUAUUGAAACAACCUUAGAAGCCUCAACUACAUCUUCAACAAUUGCUUCAACUGGCACUUUACAAGAUUCAACAAUGCAGCAGCAAUCAACUGACUCAACUACUUCUGAAACAUCAACUGAUGUACUUUCAAGUGUAUCUAGUCAGUCUGUAGAAAGCACUGUACCAACAUCUACAGUUACUGAUACUGAUACUUUCUCCGAAGUGUCUUCAGUUUCAUCAACAUCUGCAGAUAUUGGAACAACCUUAGAAGCCUCAACUACAUCUUCAACAAUUGCUUCAACUGUCACUUUACAAGAUUCAACAAUGCAGCAGCAAUCAACUGACUCAACUACUUCUGAAACAUCAACUGAUGUACUUUCAAGUGUAUCUAGUCAGUCUGUAAAAAUCACUGUACCAACAUCUACAGUUACUGAUACUGAGACUUUCUCCGAAGUGUCUUCAGUUUCAUCAACAUCUGCAGAUAUUGGAACAACCUUAGAAGCCUCAACUACAUCUUCAACAAUUGCUUCAACUGUCACUUUACAAGAUUCAACAAUGCAGCAGCAAUCAACUGACUCAACUACUUCUGAAACAUCAACUGAUGUACUUUCAAGUGUAUCUAGUCAGUCUGUAGAAAGCACUGUACCAACAUCUACAGUUACUGAUACUGAGACUUUCUCCGAAGUGUCUUCAGUUUCAUCAACAUCUGCAGAUAUUGGAACAACCUUAGAAGCCUCAACUACAUCUUCAACAAUUGCUUCAACUGUCACUUUACAAGAUUCAACAAUGCAGCAGCAAUCAACUGACUCAACUACUUCUGAAACAUCAACUGAUGUACUUUCAAGUGUAUCUAGUCAGUCUGUAGAAAGCACUGUACCAACAUCUACAGUUACUGAUACUGAGACUUUCUCCGAAGUGUCUUCAGUUUCAUCAACAUCUGCAGAUAUUGGAACAACCUUAGAAGCCUCAACUACAUCUUCAACAAUUGCUUCAACUGUCACUUUACAAGAUUCAACAAUGCAGCAGCAAUCAACUGACUCAACUACUUCUGAAACAUCAACUGAUGUACUUUCAAGUGUAUCUAGUCAGUCUGUAGAAAGCACUGUACCAACAUCUACAGUUACUGAUACUGAGACUUUCUCCGAAGUGUCUUCAGUUUCAUCAACAUCUGCAGAUAUUGGAACAACCUUAGAAGCCUCAACUACAUCUUCAACAAUUGCUUCAACUGUCACUUUACAAGAUUCAACAAUGCAGCAGCAAUCAACUGACUCAACUACUUCUGAAACAUCAACUGAUGUACUUUCAAGUGUAUCUAGUCAGUCUGUAGAAAGCACUGUACCAACAUCUACAGUUACUGAUACUGAGACUUUCUCCGAAGUGUCUUCAGUUUCAUCAACAUCUGCAGAUAUUGGAACAACCUUAGAAGCCUCAACUUCAUCUUCAACAAUUGCUUCAACUGUCACUUUACAAGAUUCAACAAUGCAGCAGCAAUCAACUGACUCAACUACUUCUGAAACAUCAACUGAUGUACUUUCAAGUGUAUCUAGUCAGUCUGUAGAAAGCACUGUACCAACAUCUACAGUUACUGAUACUGAGACUUUCUCCGAAGUGUCUUCAGUUUCAUCAACAUCUGCAGAUAUUGGAACAACCUUAAAAGCCUCAACUACAUCUUCAACAAUUGCUUCAACUGUCACUUUACAAGAUUCAACAAUGCAGCAGCAAUCAACUGACUCAAAUACUUCUGAAACAUCAACUGAUGUACUUUCAAGUGUAUCUAGUCAGUCUGUAAAAAGCAAUGUACCAACAUCUACAGGUACUGAUACUGAGACUUUCUCCGAAGUGUCUUCAGUUUCAUCAACAUCUGCAAAUAUUGGAACAACCUUAGAAGCCUCAACUACAUCUUCAACAAUUGCUUCAACUGUCACUUUACAAGAUUCAACAACGCAGCAGCAAUCAACUGACUCAACUACUUCUGAAACAUCAACUGAUGUACUUUCAAGUGUAUCUAGUCAGUCUGUAGAAAGCACUGUACCAACAUCUACAGUUACUGAUACUGAGACUUUCUCCGAAGUGUCUUCAGUUUCAUCAACAUCUGCAGAUAUUGGAACAACCUUAGAAGCCUCAACUACAUUUUCAACAAUUGCUUCAACUGUCACUUUACAAGAUUCAACAAUGCAGCAGCAAUCAACUGACUUAACUACUUCUGAAAUAUCAACUGAUGAACUUUCAACUUUGUCUAUUCAGUCAGUGGAAUGCACUGCAACAACAUCUACAGUUACUGAUACUGAGACUUUCUCCGAAGUGUCUUCAGUUUCAUCAACAUCUGCAGAUAUUGGAACAACCUUAGAAGCCUCAACUACAUCUUCAACAAUUGCUUCAACUGUCACUUUACAAGAUUCAACAAUGCAGCAGCAAUCAACUGACUCAACUACUUCUGAAACAUCAACUGAUGUACUUUCAAGUGUAUCUAGUCAGUCUGUAGAAAGCACUGUACCAACAUCUACAGUUACUGAUACUGAGACUUUCUCCGAAGUGUCUUCAGUUUCAUCAACAUCUGCAGAUAUUGGAACAACCUUAGAAGCCUCAAAUACAUCUUCAACAAUUGCUUCAACUGUCACUUUACAAGAUUCAACAAUGCAGCAGCAAUCAACUGACUCAACUACUUCUGAAACUUCAACUGAUGUACUUUCAAGUGUAUCUAGUCAGUCUAUAGAAAGCACUGUACCAACAUCUACAGUUACUGAUACUGAGACUUUCUACGAAGUGUCUUCAGUUUCAUCAACAUCUGCAGAUAUUGGAACAACCUUAGAAGCCUCAACUACAUCUUCAACAAUUGCUUCAACUGUCACUUUACAAGAUUCAACAAUGCAGCAGCAAUCAACUGACUCAACUACUUCUGAAACAUCAACUGAUGUAUUUUCAAGUGUAUCUAGUCAGUCUGUAGAAAGCACUGUACCAACAUCUACAGUUACUGAUACUGAUACUUUCUCCAAAGUGUCUUCAGUUUCAUCAACAUCUGCAGAUAUUGGAACAACCUUAGAAGCCUCAACUACAUCUUCAACAAUUGCUUCAACUGUCACUUUACAAGAUUCAACAAUGCAGCAGCAAUCAACUGACUCAACUACUUCUGAAACAUCAACUGAUGUACUUUCAAGUGUAUCUAGUCAGUCUGUAGAAAGCACUGUACCAACAUCUACAGUUACUGAUACUGAGACUUUCUCCGAAGUGUCUUCAGUUUCAUCAAUAUCUGCAGAUAUUGGAACAACCUUAGAAGCCUCAACUACAUCUUCAACAAUUGCUUCAACUGUCACUUUUCAAGAUUCAACAAUGCAGCAGCAAUCAACUGACUCAACUACUUCUGAAACAUCAACUGAUGUACUUUCAAGUGUAUCUAGUCAGUCUGUAGAAAGCACUGUACCAACAUUUACAGUUACUGAUACUGAGACUUUCUCCGAAGUGUCUUCAGUUUCAUCAACAUCUGCAGAUAUUGGAACAACCUUAGAAGCCUCAACUACAUCUUCAACAAUUGCUUCAACUGUCACUUUACAAGAUUCAACAAUGCAGCAGCAAUCAACUGACUCAACUACUUCUAAAACAUCAACUGAUGUACUUUCAAGUGUAUCUAGUCAGUCUGUAGAAAGCACUGUACCAACAUCUACAGUUACUGAUACUGAGACUUUCUCCGAAGUGUCUUCAGUUUCAUCAACAUCUGCAGAUAUUGGAACAACCUUAGAAGCCUCAACUACAUCUUCAACAAUUGCUUCAACUGUCACUUUACAAGAUUCAACAAUGCAGCAGCAAUCAACUGACUCAACUACUUCUAAAACAUCAACUGAUGUACUUUCAAGUGUAUCUAGUCAGUCUGUAGAAAGCACUGUACCAACAUCUACAGUUACUGAUACUGAGACUUUCUCCGAAGUGUCUUCAGUUUCAUCAACAUCUGCAGAUAUUGGAACAACCUUAGAAGCCUCAACUACAUCUUUAACAAUUGCUUCAACUGUCACUUUACAAGAUUCAACAAUGCAGCAGCAAUCAACUGACUCAACUACUUCUGAAACAUCAACUGAUGUACUUUCAAGUGUAUCUAGUCAGUCUGUAGAAAGCACUGUACCAACAUCUACAGUUACUGAUACUGAGACUUUCUCCGAAGUGUCUUCAGUUUUAUCAACAUCUGCAGAUAUUGGAACAACCUUAGAAGCCUCAACUACAUCUUCAACAAUUGCUUCAACUGUCACUUUUCAAGAUUCAACAAUGCAGCAGCAAUCAACUGACUCAACUACUUCUGAAACAUCAACUGAUGUACUUUCAAGUGUAUCUAGUCAGUCUGUAGAAAGCACUGUACCAACAUUUACAGUUACUGAUACUGAGACUUUCUCCGAAGUGUCUUCAGUUUCAUCAACAUCUGCAGAUAUUGGAACAACCUUAGAAGCCUCAACUACAUCUUCAACAAUUGCUUCAACUGUCACUUUACAAGAUUCAACAAUGCAGCAGCAAUCAACUGACUCAACUACUUCUAAAACAUCAACUGAUGUACUUUCAAGUGUAUCUAGUCAGUCUGUAGAAAGCACUGUACCAACAUCUACAGUUACUGAUACUGAGACUUUCUCCGAAGUGUCUUCAGUUUCAUCAACAUCUGCAGAUAUUGGAACAACCUUAGAAGCCUCAACUACAUCUUCAACAAUUGCUUCAACUGUCACUUUACAAGAUUCAACAAUGCAGCAGCAAUCAACUGACUCAACUACUUCUAAAACAUCAACUGAUGUACUUUCAAGUGUAUCUAGUCAGUCUGUAGAAAGCACUGUACCAACAUCUAAAGUUACUGAUACUGAGACUUUCUCCGAAGUGUCUUCAGUUUCAUCAACAUCUGCAGAUAUUGGAACAACCUUAGAAGCCUCAACUACAUCUUCAACAAUUGCUUCAACUGUCACUUUACAAGAUUCAACAAUGCAGCAGCAAUCAACUGACUCAACUACUUCUGAAACAUCAACUGAUGUACUUUCAAGUGUAUCUAGUCAGUCUGUAGAAAGCACUGUACCAACAUCUACAGUUACUGAUACUGAGACUUUCUCCGAAGUGUCUUCAGUUUCAUCAACAUCUGCAGAUAUUGGAACAACCUUAGAAGCCUCAACUACAUCUUCAACAAUUGCUUCAACUGUCACUUUACAAGAUUCAACAAUGCAGCAGCAAUCAACUGACUCAACUACUUCUGAAACAUCAACUGAUGUACUUUCAAGUGUAUCUAGUCAGUCUGUAGAAAGCACUGUACCAACAUCUACAGUUACUGAUACUGAGACUUUCUCCGAAGUGUCUUCAGUUUCAUCAACAUCUGCAGAUAUUGGAACAACCUUAGAAGCCUCAACUACAUCUUCAACAAUUGCUUCAACUGUCACUUUACAAGAUUCAACAAUGCAGCAGCAAUCAACUGACUCAACUACUUCUGAAAGAUCAACUGUUGUACUUUCAAGUGUAUCUAGUCAGUCUGUAGAAAGCACUGUACCAACAUCUACAGUUACUGAUACUGAGACUUUCUCCGAAGUGUCUUCAGUUUCAUCAACAUCUGCAGAUAUUGGAACAACCUUAGAAGCCUCAACUACAUCUUCAACAAUUGCUUCAACUGUCACUUUACAAGAUUCAACAAUGCAGCAGCAAUCAACUGACUCAACUACUUCUGAAACAUCAACUGAUGUACUUUCAAGUGUAUCUAGUCAGUCUGUAGAAAGCACUGUACCAACAUCUACAGUUACUGAUACUGAGACUUUCUCCGAAGUGUCUUCAGUUUCAUCAACAUCUGCAGAUAUUGGAACAACCUUAGAAGCCUCAACUACAUCUUCAACAAUUGCUUCAACUGUCACUUUACAAGAUUCAACAAUGCAGCAGCAAUCAACUGACUCAACUACUUCUGAAACAUCAACUGAUGUACUUUCAAGUGUAUCUAGUCAGUCUGUAGAAAACACUGUACCAACAUCUACAGUUACUAAUACUGAGACUUUCUCUGAAGUGUCUUCAGUUUCAUCAACAUCUGCAGAUAUUGGAACAACCUUAGAAGCCUCAACUACAUCUUCAACAAUUGCUUCAACUGUCACUUUACAAGAUUCAACAAUGCAGCAGCAAUCAACUGACUCAACUACUUCUGAAACAUCAACUGAUGUACUUUCAAGUGUAUCUAGUCAGUCUGUAGAAAGCACUGUACCAACAUCUACAGUUACUGAUACUGAGACUUUCUCCGAAGUGUCUUCAGUUUCAUCAACAUCUGCAGAUAUUGGAACAACCUUAGAAGCCUCAACUACAUCUUCAACAAUUGCUUCAACUGUCACUUUACAAGAUUCAACAAUGCAGCAACAAUCAACUGACUCAACUACUUCUGAAAGAUCAACUGUUGUACUUUCAAGUGUAUCUAGUCAGUCUGUAGAAAGCACUGUACCAACAUCUACAGGUACUGAUACUGAGACUUUCUCCGAAGUGUCUUCAGUUUCAUCAACAUCUGCAGAUAUUGGAACAAUCUUAGAAGCUUCAACUACAUCUUCAACAAUUGCUUCAACUGUCACUUUACAAGAUUCAACAAUGCAGCAGCAAUCAACUGACUCAACUACUUCUGAAACAUCAACUGAUGUACUUUUAAGUGUAUCUAGUCAGUCUGUAGAAAGCACUGUACCAACAUCUACAGUUACUGAUACUGAGACUUUCUCCGAAGUGUCUUCAGUUUCAUCAACAUCUGCAGAUAUUGGAACAACCUUAGAAGCCUCAACUACAUCUUCAACAAUUGCUUCAACUGUCACUUUACAAGAUUUAACAAUGCAGCAGCAAUCAACUGACUCAACUACUUCUGAAACAUCAACUGAUGUACUUUCAAGUGUAUCUAGUCAGUCUGUAGAAAGCACUGUACCAACAUCUACAGUUACUGAUACUGAGACUUUCUCCGAAGUGUCUUCAGUUUCAUCAACAUCUGCAGAUAUUGGAACAACCUUAGAAGCCUCAACUACAUCUUUAACAAUUGCUUCAACUGUCACUUUACAAGAUUCAACAAUGCAGCAGCAAUCAACUGACUCAACUACUUCUGAAACAUCAACUGAUGUACUUUCAAGUGUAUCUAGUCAGUCUGUAGAAAGCACUGUACCAACAUCUACAGUUACUGAUACUGAGACUUUCUCCGAAGUGUCUUCAGUUUCAUCAACAUCUGCAGAUAUUGGAACAACCUUAGAUGCCUCAACUACAUCUUCAACAAUUGCUUCAACUGUCACUUUACAAGAUUCAACAAUGCAGCAGCAAUCAACUGACUCAACUACUUCUGAAACAUCAACUGAUGUACUUUCAAGUGUAUCUAGUCAGUCUGUAGAAAGCACUGUACCAACAUCUACAGUUACUGAUACUGAGACUUUCUCCGAAGUGUCUUCAGUUUUAUCAACAUCUGCAGAUAUUGGAACAACCUUAAAAGCCACAACUACAUCUUCAACAAUUGCUUCAACUGUCACUUUACAAGAUUCAACAAUGCAGCAGCAAUCAACUGACUCAACUACUUCUGAAACAUCAACUGAUGUACUUUCAAGUGUAUCUAGUCAGUCUGUAGAAAGCACUGUACCAACAUCUACAGUUACUGAUACUGAGACUUUCUCCGAAGUGUCUUCAGUUUCAUCAACAUCUGCAGAUAUUGGAACAACCUUAGAAGCCUCAACUACAUCUUCAACAAUUGCUUCAACUGUCACUUUACAAGAUUUAACAAUGCAGCAGCAAUCAACUGACUCAACUACUUCUGAAACAUCAACUGAUGUACUUUCAAGUGUAUCUAGUCAGUCUGUAGAAAGCACUGUACCAACAUCUACAGUUACUGAUACUGAGACUUUCUCCGAAGUGUCUUCAGUUUCAUCAACAUCUGCAGAUAUUGGAACAACCUUAGAAGCCUCAACUACAUCUUUAACAAUUGCUUCAACUGUCACUUUACAAGAUUCAACAAUGCAGCAGCAAUCAACUGACUCAACUACUUCUAAAACAUCAACUGAUGUACUUUCAAGUGUAUCUAGUCAGUCUGUAGAAAGCACUGUACCAACAUCUACAGUUACUGAUACUGAGACUUUCUCCGAAGUGUCUUCAGUUUCAUCAACAUCUGCAGAUAUUGGAACAACCUUAGAAGCCUCAACUACAUCUUCAACAAUUGCUUCAACUGUCACUUUACAAGAUUCAACAAUGCAGCAGCAAUCAACUGACUCAACUACUUCUAAAACAUCAACUGAUGUACUUUCAAGUGUAUCUAGUCAGUCUGUAGAAAGCACUGUACCAACAUCUAAAGUUACUGAUACUGAGACUUUCUCCGAAGUGUCUUCAGUUUCAUCAACAUCUGCAGAUAUUGGAACAACCUUAGAAGCCUCAACUACAUCUUCAACAAUUGCUUCAACUGUCACUUUACAAGAUUCAACAAUGCAGCAGCAAUCAACUGACUCAACUACUUCUGAAACAUCAACUGAUGUACUUUCAAGUGUAUCUAGUCAGUCUGUAGAAAGCACUGUACCAACAUCUACAGUUACUGAUACUGAGACUUUCUCCGAAGUGUCUUCAGUUUCAUCAACAUCUGCAGAUAUUGGAACAACCUUAGAAGCCUCAACUACAUCUUCAACAAUUGCUUCAACUGUCACUUUACAAGAUUCAACAAUGCAGCAGCAAUCAACUGACUCAACUACUUCUGAAACAUCAACUGAUGUACUUUCAAGUGUAUCUAGUCAGUCUGUAGAAAGCACUGUACCAACAUCUACAGUUACUGAUACUGAGACUUUCUCCGAAGUGUCUUCAGUUUCAUCAACAUCUGCAGAUAUUGGAACAACCUUAGAAGCCUCAACUACAUCUUCAACAAUUGCUUCAACUGUCACUUUACAAGAUUCAACAAUGCAGCAGCAAUCAACUGACUCAACUACUUCUGAAAGAUCAACUGUUGUACUUUCAAGUGUAUCUAGUCAGUCUGUAGAAAGCACUGUACCAACAUCUACAGUUACUGAUACUGAGACUUUCUCCGAAGUGUCUUCAGUUUCAUCAACAUCUGCAGAUAUUGGAACAACCUUAGAAGCCUCAACUACAUCUUCAACAAUUGCUUCAACUGUCACUUUACAAGAUUCAACAAUGCAGCAGCAAUCAACUGACUCAACUACUUCUGAAACAUCAACUGAUGUACUUUCAAGUGUAUCUAGUCAGUCUGUAGAAAGCACUGUACCAACAUCUACAGUUACUGAUACUGAGACUUUCUCCGAAGUGUCUUCAGUUUCAUCAACAUCUGCAGAUAUUGGAACAACCUUAGAAGCCUCAACUACAUCUUCAACAAUUGCUUCAACUGUCACUUUACAAGAUUCAACAAUGCAGCAGCAAUCAACUGACUCAACUACUUCUGAAACAUCAACUGAUGUACUUUCAAGUGUAUCUAGUCAGUCUGUAGAAAACACUGUACCAACAUCUACAGUUACUAAUACUGAGACUUUCUCUGAAGUGUCUUCAGUUUCAUCAACAUCUGCAGAUAUUGGAACAACCUUAGAAGCCUCAACUACAUCUUCAACAAUUGCUUCAACUGUCACUUUACAAGAUUCAACAAUGCAGCAGCAAUCAACUGACUCAACUACUUCUGAAACAUCAACUGAUGUACUUUCAAGUGUAUCUAGUCAGUCUGUAGAAAGCACUGUACCAACAUCUACAGUUACUGAUACUGAGACUUUCUCCGAAGUGUCUUCAGUUUCAUCAACAUCUGCAGAUAUUGGAACAACCUUAGAAGCCUCAACUACAUCUUCAACAAUUGCUUCAACUGUCACUUUACAAGAUUCAACAAUGCAGCAACAAUCAACUGACUCAACUACUUCUGAAAGAUCAACUGUUGUACUUUCAAGUGUAUCUAGUCAGUCUGUAGAAAGCACUGUACCAACAUCUACAGGUACUGAUACUGAGACUUUCUCCGAAGUGUCUUCAGUUUCAUCAACAUCUGCAGAUAUUGGAACAAUCUUAGAAGCUUCAACUACAUCUUCAACAAUUGCUUCAACUGUCACUUUACAAGAUUCAACAAUGCAGCAGCAAUCAACUGACUCAACUACUUCUGAAACAUCAACUGAUGUACUUUUAAGUGUAUCUAGUCAGUCUGUAGAAAGCACUGUACCAACAUCUACAGUUACUGAUACUGAGACUUUCUCCGAAGUGUCUUCAGUUUCAUCAACAUCUGCAGAUAUUGGAACAACCUUAGAAGCCUCAACUACAUCUUCAACAAUUGCUUCAACUGUCACUUUACAAGAUUUAACAAUGCAGCAGCAAUCAACUGACUCAACUACUUCUGAAACAUCAACUGAUGUACUUUCAAGUGUAUCUAGUCAGUCUGUAGAAAGCACUGUACCAACAUCUACAGUUACUGAUACUGAGACUUUCUCCGAAGUGUCUUCAGUUUCAUCAACAUCUGCAGAUAUUGGAACAACCUUAGAAGCCUCAACUACAUCUUUAACAAUUGCUUCAACUGUCACUUUACAAGAUUCAACAAUGCAGCAGCAAUCAACUGACUCAACUACUUCUGAAACAUCAACUGAUGUACUUUCAAGUGUAUCUAGUCAGUCUGUAGAAAGCACUGUACCAACAUCUACAGUUACUGAUACUGAGACUUUCUCCGAAGUGUCUUCAGUUUCAUCAACAUCUGCAGAUAUUGGAACAACCUUAGAUGCCUCAACUACAUCUUCAACAAUUGCUUCAACUGUCACUUUACAAGAUUCAACAAUGCAGCAGCAAUCAACUGACUCAACUACUUCUGAAACAUCAACUGAUGUACUUUCAAGUGUAUCUAGUCAGUCUGUAGAAAGCACUGUACCAACAUCUACAGUUACUGAUACUGAGACUUUCUCCGAAGUGUCUUCAGUUUUAUCAACAUCUGCAGAUAUUGGAACAACCUUAAAAGCCACAACUACAUCUUCAACAAUUGCUUCAACUGUCACUUUACAAGAUUCAACAAUGCAGCAGCAAUCAACUGACUCAACUACUUCUGAAACAUCAACUGAUGUACUUUCAAGUGUAUCUAGUCAGUCUGUAGAAAGCACUGUACCAACAUCUACAGUUACUGAUACUGAGACUUUCUCCGAAGUGUCUUCAGUUUCAUCAACAUCUGCAGAUAUUGGAACAACCUUAGAAGCCUCAACUACAUCUUCAACAAUUGCUUCAACUGUCACUUUACAAGAUUCAACAAUGCAGCAGCAAUCAACUGACUCAACUACUUCUGAAACAUCAACUGAUGUACUUUCAAGUGUAUCUAGUCAGUCUGUAGAAAGCACUGUACCAACAUCUACAGUUACUGAUACUGAGACUUUCUCCGAAGUGUCUUCAGUUUCAUCAACAUCUGCAGAUAUUGGAACAAUCUUAGAAGCUUCAACUACAUCUUCAACAAUUGCUUCAACUGUCACUUUACAAGAUUCAACAAUGCAGCAGCAAUCAACUGACUCAACUACUUCUGAAACAUCAACUGAUGUACUUUCAAGUGUAUCUAGUCAGUCUGUAGAAAGCACUGUACCAACAUCUACAGUUACUGAUACUGAGACUUUCUCCGAAGUGUCUUCAGUUUCAUCAACAUCUGCAGAUAUUGGAACAACCUUAGAAGCCUCAACUACAUCUUCAACAAUUGCUUCAACUGUCACUUUACAAGAUUCAACAAUGCAGCAGCAAUCAACUGACUCAACUACUUCUGAAACAUCAACUGAUGUACUUUCAAGUGUAUCUAGUCAGUCUGUAGAAAGCACUGGACCAACAUCUACAGUUACUGAUACUGAGACUUUCUCCGAAGUGUCUUCAGUUUCAUCAACAUCUGCAGAUAUUGGAACAACCUUAGAAGCCUCAACUACAUCUUCAACAAUUGCUUCAACUGUCACUUUACAAGAUUCAACAAUGCAGCAGCAAUCAACUGACUCAACUACUUCUGAAACAUCAACUGAUGUACUUUCAAGUGUAUCUAGUCAGUCUGUAGAAAGCACUGUACCAACAUCUACAGUUACUGAUACUCAGACUUUCUCCGAAGUGUCUUCAGUUUCAUCAACAUCUGCAGAUAUUGGAACAACCUUAGAAGCCUUAACUACAUCUUCAACAAUUGCUUCAACUGUCACUUUACAAGAUUCAACAAUGCAGCAGCAAUCAACUGACUCAACUACUUCUGAAACAUCAACUGAUGUACUUUCAAGUGUAUCUAGUCAGUCUGUAGAAAGCACUGUACCAACAUCUACAGUUACUGAUACUGAGACUUUCUCCGAAGUGUCUUCAGUUUCAUCAACAUCUGCAGAUAUUGGAACAACCUUAGAUGCCUCAACUACUUCUUCAACAAUUGCUUCAACUGUCACUUUACAAGAUUCAACAAUGCAGCAGCAAUCAACUGACUCAACUACUUCUGAAAGAUCAACUGAUGUACUUUCAAGUGUAUCUAGUCAGUCUGUAGAAAGCACUGUACCAACAUCUACAGUUACUGAUACUGAGACUUUCUCCGAAGUGUCUUCAGUUUUAUCAACAUCUGCAGAUAUUGGAACAACCUUAAAAGCCUCAACUACAUCUUCAACAAUUGCUUCAACUGUCACUUUACAAGAUUCAACAAUGCAGCAGCAAUCAACUGACUCAACUACUUCUGAAACAUCAACUGAUGUACUUUCAAGUGUAUCUAGUCAGUCUGUAGAAAGCACUGUACCAACAUCUACAGUUACUGAUACUGAGACUUUCUCCGAAGUGUCUUCAGUUUCAUCAACAUCUGCAGAUAUUGGAACAACCUUAGAAGCCUCAACUACAUCUUCAACAAUUGCUUCAACUGUCACUUUACAAGAUUCAACAAUGCAGCAGCAAUCAACUGACUCAACUACUUCUGAAACAUCAACUGAUGUACUUUCAAGUGUAUCUAGUCAGUCUGUAGAAAGCACUGUACCAACAUCUACAGUUACUGAUACUGAGACUUUCUCCGAAGUGUCUUCAGUUUCAUCAACAUCUGCAGAUAUUGGAACAACCUUAGAAGCCUCAACUACAUCUUCAACAAUUGCUUCAACUGUCACUUUACAAGAUUCAACAAUGCAGCAGCAAUCAACUGACUCAACUACUUCUGAAACAUCAACUGAUGUACUUUCAAGUGUAUCUAGUCAGUCUGUGGAAAGCACUGUACCAACAUCUACAGUUACUGAUACUGAGACUUUCUCCGAAGUGUCUUCAGUUUCAUCAACAUCUGCAGAUAUUGGAACAACCUUAGAAGCCUCAACUACAUCUUCAACAAUUGCUUCAACUGUCACUUUACAAGAUUCAACAAUUCAGCAGCAAUCAACUGACUCAACUACUUCUGAAACAUCAACUGAUGUACUUUCAAGUGUAUCUAGUCAGUCUGUAGAAAGCACUGUACCAACAUCUACAGUUACUGAUACUGAGACUUUCUCCGAAGUGUCUUCAGUUUCAUCAACAUCUGCAGAUAUUGGAACAACCUUAGAAGCAUUAACUACAUCUUCAACAAUUGCUUCAACUGUCACUUUACAAGAUUCAACAAUGCAGCAGCAAUCAACUGACUCAACUACUUCUGAAACAUCAACUGAUGUACUUUUAAGUGUAUCUAGUCAGUCUAUAGAAAGCACUGCACCAACAUCUACAGUUACUGAUACUGAAACUUUCUCCGAAGUGUCUUCAGUUUCAUCAACAUCUGCAGAUAUUGGAACAACCUUAGAAGCCUCAACUACAUCUUCAACAAUUGCUUCAACUGUCACUUUACAAGAAUCAACAAUGCAGCAGCAAUCAACUGACUCAACUACUUCUGAAACAUCAACUGAUGUACUUUCAAGUGUAUCUAGUCAGUCUGUAGAAAGCACUGUACCAACAUCUACAGUUACUGAUACUGAUUUUUUCUCUGAAGUGUCUUCAGUUUCAUCAACAUCUGCAGAUAUUGGAACAACCUUAGAAGCCUCAACUACAUCUUCAACAAUUGCUUCAACUGUCACUUUACAAGAUUCAACAAUGCAGCAGCAAUCAACUGACUCAACUACUUCUGAAACAUCAACUGAUGUACUUUCAAGUGUAUCUAGUCAGUCUGUAGAAAGCACUGUACCAACAUCUACAGUUACUGAUACUGAGACUUUCUCCAAAGUGUCUUCAGUUUCAUCAACAUCUGCAGAUAUUGGAACAACCUUAGAAGCCUCAACUACAUCUUCAACAAUUGCUUCAACUGUCACUUUACAAGAUUCAACAAUGCAGCAGCAAUCAACUGACUCAACUACUUCUGAAACAUCAACUGAUGUACUUUCAACUUUGUCUAUUCAGUCAGUGGAAUGCACUGCAACAACAUCUACAGUUACUGAUACUGAGACUUUCUCCGAAGUGUCUUCAGUUUCAUCAACAUCUGCAGAUAUUGGAACAACCUUAGAAGCCUCAACUACAUCUUCAACAAUUGCUUCAACUGUCAUUUUACAAGAUUCAACAAUGCAGCAGCAAUCAACUGACUCAACUACUUCUGAAACAUCAACUGAUGUACUUUCAAGUGUAUCUAGUCAGUCUGUAGAAAGCACUGUACCAACAUCUACAGUUACUGAUACUGAGACUUUCUCUGAAGUGUCUUCAGUUUCAUCAACAUCUGCAGAUAUUGGAACAACCUUAGAAGCCUUAACUACAUCUUCAACAAUUGCUUCAACUGUCACUUUACAAGAUUCAACAAUGCAGCAGCAAUCAACUGACUCAACUACUUCUGAAAGAUCAACUGAUGUACUUUCAAGUGUAUCUAGUCAGUCUGUAGAAUGCACUGUACCAACAUCUACAGUUACUGAUACUGAGACUUUCUCUGAAGUGUCUUCAGUUUUAUCAACAUCUGCAGAUAUUGGAACAACCUUAAAAGCCUUAACUACAUCUUCAACAAUUGCUUCAACUGUCACUUUACAAGAUUCAACAAUGCAGCAGCAAUCAACUGACUCAACUACUUCUGAAACAUCAACUGAUGUACUUUCAAGUGUAUCUAGUCAGUCUGUAGAAAGCACUGUACCAAUAUCUACAGUUACUGAUACUGAGACUUUCUCCGAAGUGUCUUCAGUUUCAUCAACAUCUGCAGAUAUUGGAACAACCUUAGAAGCCUCAACUACAUCUUCAACAAUUGCUUCAACUGUCACUUUACAAGAUUCAACAAUGCAGCAGCAAUCAACUGACUCAACUACUUCUGAAACAUCAACUGAUGUACUUUCAAGUGUAUCUAGUCAGUCUGUAGAAAGCACUGUACCAACAUCUACAGUUACUGAUCCUGAGACUUUCUCCGAAGUGUCUUUAGUUUCAUCAACAUCUGCAGAUAUUGGAACAACCUUAGAAGCCUCAACUACAUCUUCAACAAUUGCUUCAACUGUCACUUUACAAGAUUCAACAAUGCAGCAGCAAUCAACUGACUCAACUACUUCUGAAACAUCAACUGAUGUACUUUCAAGUGUAUCUAGUCAGUCUGUGGAAAGCACUGUACCAACAUCUACAGUUACUGAUACUGAGACUUUCUCCGAAGUGUCUUCAGUUUCAUCAACAUCUGCAGAUAUUGGAACAACCUUAGAAGCCUCAACUACAUCUUCAACAAUUGCUUCAACUGUCACUUUACAAGAUUCAACAAUUCAGCAGCAAUCAACUGACUCAACUACUUCUGAAACAUCAACUGAUGUACUUUCAAGUGUAUCUAGUCAGUCUGUAGAAAGCACUGUACCAAUAUCUACAGUUACUGAUACUGAGACUUUCUCCGAAGUGUCUUCAGUUUCAUCAACAUCUGCAGAUAUUGGAACAACCUUAGAAGCCUCAACUACAUCUUCAACAAUUGCUUCAACUGUCACUUUACAAGAUUCAACAAUGCAGCAGCAAUCAACUGACUCAACUACUUCUGAAACAUCAACUGAUGUACUUUCAAGUGUAUCUAGUCAGUCUGUAGAAAGCACUGUACCAACAUCUACAGUUACUGAUCCUGAGACUUUCUCCGAAGUGUUUUUAGUUUCAUCAACAUCUGCAGAUAUUGGAACAACCUUAGAAGCCUCAACUACAUCUUCAACAAUUGCUUCAACUGUCACUUUACAAGAUUCAACAAUGCAGCAGCAAUCAACUGACUCAACUACUUCUGAAACAUCAACUGAUGUACUUUCAAGUGUAUCUAGUCAGUCUGUGGAAAGCACUGUACCAACAUCUACAGUUACUGAUACUGAGACUUUCUCCGAAGUGUCUUCAGUUUCAUCAACAUCUGCAGAUAUUGGAACAACCUUAGAAGCCUCAACUACAUCUUCAACAAUUGCUUCAACUGUCACUUUACAAGAUUCAACAAUUCAGCAGCAAUCAACUGACUCAACUACUUCUGAAACAUCAACUGAUGUACUUUCAAGUGUAUCUAGUCAGUCUGUAGAAAGCACUGUACCAACAUCUACAGUUACUGAUACUGAGACUUUCUCCGAAGUGUCUUCAGUUUCAUCAACAUCUGCAGAUAUUGGAACAACCUUAGAAGCAUUAACUACAUCUUCAACAAUUGCUUCAACUGUCACUUUACAAGAUUCAACAAUGCAGCAGCAAUCAACUGACUCAACUACUUCUGAAACAUCAACUGAUGUACUUUUAAGUGUAUCUAGUCAGUCUAUAGAAAGCACUGUACCAACAUCUACAGUUACUGAUACUGAAACUUUCUCCGAAUUGUCUUCAGUUUCAUCAACAUCUGCAGAUAUUGGAACAACCUUAGAAGCCUCAACUACAUCUUCAACAAUUGCUUCAACUGUCACUUUACAAGAAUCAACAAUGCAUCAGCAAUCAACUGACUCAACUACUUCUGAAACAUCAACUGAUGUACUUUCAAGUGUAUCUAGUCAGUCUGUAGAAAGCACUGUACCAACAUCUACAGUUACUGAUACUGAUUUUUUCUCUGAAGUGUCUUCAGUUUCAUCAACAUCUGCAGAUAUUGGAACAACCUUAGAAGCCUCAACUACAUCUUCAACAAUUGCUUCAACUGUCACUUUACAAGAUUCAACAAUGCAGCAGCAAUCAACUGACUCAACUACUUCUGAAACAUCAACUGAUGUACUUUCAACUUUGUCUAUUCAGUCAGUGGAAUGCACUGCAACAACAUCUACAGUUACUGAUACUGAGACUUUCUUCGAAGUGUCUUCAGUUUCAUCAACAUCUGCAGAUAUUGGAACAACCUUAGAAGCCUCAACUACAUCUUCAACAAUUGCUUCAACUGUCACUUUACAAGAUUCAACAAUGCAGCAGCAAUCAACUGACUCAACUACUUCUGAAACAUCAACUGAUGUACUUUCAAGUGUAUCUAGUCAGUCUGUAGAAAGCACUGUACCAACAUCUACAGUUACUGAUACUGAGACUUUCUCCGAAGUGUCUUCAGUUUCAUCAACAUCUGCAGAUAUUGGAACAACCUUAGAAGCCUCAACUACAUCUUCAACAAUUGCUUCAACUGUCACUUUACAAGAUUCAACAAUGCAGCAGCAAUCAACUGACUCAACUACUUCUGAAACAUCAACUGAUGUACUUUCAAGUGUAUCUAGUCAGUCUGUAGAAAGCACUGGACCAACAUCUACAGUUACUGAUACUGAGACUUUCUCCGAAGUGUCUUCAGUUUCAUCAACAUCUGCAGAUAUUGGAACAACCUUAGAAGCCUCAACUACAUCUUCAACAAUUGCUUCAACUGUCACUUUACAAGAUUCAACAAUGCAGCAGCAAUCAACUGACUCAACUACUUCUGAAACAUCAACUGAUGUACUUUCAAGUGUAUCUAGUCAGUCUGUAGAAAGCACUGUACCAACAUCUACAGUUACUGAUACUGAUACUUUCUCCGAAGUGUCUUCAGUUUCAUCAACAUCUGCAGAUAUUGGAACAACCUUAGAAGCCUCAACUACAUCUUCAACAAUUGCUUCAACUGUCACUUUACAAGAUUCAACAAUGCAGCAGCAAUCAACUGACUCAACUACUUCUGAAACAUCAACUGAUGUACUUUCAAGUGUAUCUAGUCAGUCUGUAGAAAGCACUGUACCAACAUCUACAGUUACUGAUACUGAGACUUUCUCCGAAGUGUCUUCAGUUUCAUCAACAUCUGCAGAUAUUGGAACAACCUUAGAAGCCUCAACUACAUCUUCAACAAUUGCUUCAACUGUCACUUUACAAGAUUCAACAAUGCAGCAGCAAUCAACUGACUCAACUACUUCUGAAACAUCAACUGAUGUACUUUCAAGUGUAUCUAGUCAGUCUGUAGAAAGCACUGUACCAACAUCUACAGUUACUGAUACUGAUACUUUCUCCGAAGUGUCUUCAGUUUCAUCAACAUCUGCAGAUAUUGGAACAACCUUAGAAGCCUCAACUACAUCUUCAACAAUUGCUUCAACUGUCACUUUACAAGAUUCAACAAUGCAGCAGCAAUCAACUGACUCAACUACUUCUGAAACAUCAACUGAUGUACUUUCAAGUGUAUCUAGUCAGUCUGUAGAAAGCACUGUACCAACAUCUACAGUUACUGAUACUGAGACUUUCUCCGAAGUGUCUUCAGUUUCAUCAACAUCUGCAGAUAUUGGAACAACCUUAGAAGCCUCAACUACAUCUUCAACAAUUGCUUCAACUGUCACUUUACAAGAUUCAACAAUGCAGCAGCAAUCAACUGACUCAACUACUUCUGAAACAUCAACUGAUGUACUUUCAAGUGUAUCUAGUCAGUCUGUAGAAAGCACUGGACCAACAUCUACAGUUACUGAUACUGAGACUUUCUCCGAAGUGUCUUCAGUUUCAUCAACAUCUGCAGAUAUUGGAACAACCUUAGAAGCCUCAACUACAUCUUCAACAAUUGCUUCAACUGUCACUUUACAAGAUUCAACAAUGCAGCAGCAAUCAACUGACUCAACUACUUCUGAAACAUCAACUGAUGUACUUUCAAGUGUAUCUAGUCAGUCUGUAGAAAGCACUGUACCAACAUCUACAGUUACUGAUACUGAGACUUUCUCCAAAGUGUCUUCAGUUUCAUCAACAUCUGCAGAUAUUGGAACAACCUUAGAAGCCUCAACUACAUCUUCAACAAUUGCUUCAACUGUCACUUUACAAGAUUCAACAAUGCAGCAGCAAUCAACUGACUCAACUACUUCUGAAACAUCAACUGAUGUACUUUCAACUUUGUCUAUUCAGUCAGUGGAAUGCACUGCAACAACAUCUACAGUUACUGAUACUGAGACUUUCUCCGAAGUGUCUUCAGUUUCAUCAACAUCUGCAGAUAUUGGAACAACCUUAGAAGCCUCAACUACAUCUUCAACAAUUGCUUCAACUGUCAUUUUACAAGAUUCAACAAUGCAGCAGCAAUCAACUGACUCAACUACUUCUGAAACAUCAACUGAUGUACUUUCAAGUGUAUCUAGUCAGUCUGUAGAAAGCACUGUACCAACAUCUACAGUUACUGAUACUGAGACUUUCUCUGAAGUGUCUUCAGUUUCAUCAACAUCUGCAGAUAUUGGAACAACCUUAGAAGCCUUAACUACAUCUUCAACAAUUGCUUCAACUGUCACUUUACAAGAUUCAACAAUGCAGCAGCAAUCAACUGACUCAACUACUUCUGAAAGAUCAACUGAUGUACUUUCAAGUGUAUCUAGUCAGUCUGUAGAAAGCACUGUACCAACAUCUACAGUUACUGAUACUGAGACUUUCUCCGAAGUGUCUUCAGUUUUAUCAACAUCUGCAGAUAUUGGAACAACCUUAAAAGCCUCAACUACAUCUUCAACAAUUGCUUCAACUGUCACUUUACAAGAUUCAACAAUGCAGCAGCAAUCAACUGACUCAACUACUUCUGAAACAUCAACUGAUGUACUUUCAAGUGUAUCUAGUCAGUCUGUAGAAAGCACUGUACCAAUAUCUACAGUUACUGAUACUGAGACUUUCUCCGAAGUGUCUUCAGUUUCAUCAACAUCUGCAGAUAUUGGAACAACCUUAGAAGCCUCAACUACAUCUUCAACAAUUGCUUCAACUGUCACUUUACAAGAUUCAACAAUGCAGCAGCAAUCAACUGACUCAACUACUUCUGAAACAUCAACUGAUGUACUUUCAAGUGUAUCUAGUCAGUCUGUAGAAAGCACUGUACCAACAUCUACAGUUACUGAUCCUGAGACUUUCUCCGAAGUGUCUUCAGUUUCAUCAACAUCUGCAGAUAUUGGAACAACCUUAGAAGCCUCAACUACAUCUUCAACAAUUGCUUCAACUGUCACUUUACAAGAUUCAACAAUGCAGCAGCAAUCAACUGACUCAACUACUUCUGAAACAUCAACUGAUGUACUUUCAAGUGUAUCUAGUCAGUCUGUGGAAAGCACUGUACCAACAUCUACAGUUACUGAUACUGAGACUUUCUCCGAAGUGUCUUCAGUUUCAUCAACAUCUGCAGAUAUUGGAACAACCUUAGAAGCCUCAACUACAUCUUCAACAAUUGCUUCAACUGUCACUUUACAAGAUUCAACAAUUCAGCAGCAAUCAACUGACUCAACUACUUCUGAAACAUCAACUGAUGUACUUUCAAGUGUAUCUAGUCAGUCUGUAGAAAGCACUGUACCAACAUCUACAGUUACUGAUACUGAGACUUUCUCCGAAGUGUCUUCAGUUUCAUCAACAUCUGCAGAUAUUGGAACAACCUUAGAAGCAUUAACUACAUCUUCAACAAUUGCUUCAACUGUCACUUUACAAGAUUCAACAAUGCAGCAGCAAUCAACUGACUCAACUACUUCUGAAACAUCAACUGAUGUACUUUUAAGUGUAUCUAGUCAGUCUAUAGAAAGCACUGUACCAACAUCUACAGUUACUGAUACUGAAACUUUCUCCGAAGUGUCUUCAGUUUCAUCAACAUCUGCAGAUAUUGGAACAACCUUAGAAGCCUCAACUACAUCUUCAACAAUUGCUUCAACUGUCACUUUACAAGAAUCAACAAUGCAUCAGCAAUCAACUGACUCAACUACUUCUGAAACAUCAACUGAUGUACUUUCAAGUGUAUCUAGUCAGUCUGUAGAAAGCACUGUACCAACAUCUACAGUUACUGAUACUGAUUUUUUCUCUGAAGUGUCUUCAGUUUCAUCAACAUCUGCAGAUAUUGGAACAACCUUAGAAGCCUCAACUACAUCUUCAACAAUUGCUUCAACUGUCACUUUACAAGAUUCAACAAUGCAGCAGCAAUCAACUGACUCAACUACUUCUGAAACAUCAACUGAUGUACUUUCAACUUUGUCUAUUCAGUCAGUGGAAUGCACUGCAACAACAUCUACAGUUACUGAUACUGAGACUUUCUUCGAAGUGUCUUCAGUUUCAUCAACAUCUGCAGAUAUUGGAACAACCUUAGAAGCCUCAACUACAUCUUCAACAAUUGCUUCAACUGUCACUUUACAAGAUUCAACAAUGCAGCAGCAAUCAACUGACUCAACUACUUCUGAAACAUCAACUGAUGUACUUUCAAGUGUAUCUAGUCAGUCUGUAGAAAGCACUGUACCAACAUCUACAGUUACUGAUACUGAGACUUUCUCCGAAGUGUCUUCAGUUUCAUCAACAUCUGCAGAUAUUGGAACAACCUUAGAAGCCUCAACUACAUCUUCAACAAUUGCUUCAACUGUCACUUUACAAGAUUCAACAAUGCAGCAGCAAUCAACUGACUCAACUACUUCUGAAACAUCAACUGAUGUACUUUCAAGUGUAUCUAGUCAGUCUGUAGAAAGCACUGGACCAACAUCUACAGUUACUGAUACUGAGACUUUCUCCGAAGUGUCUUCAGUUUCAUCAACAUCUGCAGAUAUUGGAACAACCUUAGAAGCCUCAACUACAUCUUCAACAAUUGCUUCAACUGUCACUUUACAAGAUUCAACAAUGCAGCAGCAAUCAACUGACUCAACUACUUCUGAAACAUCAACUGAUGUACUUUCAAGUGUAUCUAGUCAGUCUGUAGAAAGCACUGUACCAACAUCUACAGUUACUGAUACUGAUACUUUCUCCGAAGUGUCUUCAGUUUCAUCAACAUCUGCAGAUAUUGGAACAACCUUAGAAGCCUCAACUACAUCUUCAACAAUUGCUUCAACUGUCACUUUACAAGAUUCAACAAUGCAGCAGCAAUCAACUGACUCAACUACUUCUGAAACAUCAACUGAUGUACUUUCAAGUGUAUCUAGUCAGUCUGUAGAAAGCACUGUACCAACAUCUACAGUUACUGAUACUGAGACUUUCUCCGAAGUGUCUUCAGUUUCAUCAACAUCUGCAGAUAUUGGAACAACCUUAGAAGCCUCAACUACAUCUUCAACAAUUGCUUCAACUGUCACUUUACAAGAUUCAACAAUGCAGCAGCAAUCAACUGACUCAACUACUUCUGAAACAUCAACUGAUGUACUUUCAAGUGUAUCUAGUCAGUCUGUAGAAAGCACUGUACCAACAUCUACAGUUACUGAUACUGAUACUUUCUCCGAAGUGUCUUCAGUUUCAUCAACAUCUGCAGAUAUUGGAACAACCUUAGAAGCCUCAACUACAUCUUCAACAAUUGCUUCAACUGUCACUUUACAAGAUUCAACAAUGCAGCAGCAAUCAACUGACUCAACUACUUCUGAAACAUCAACUGAUGUACUUUCAAGUGUAUCUAGUCAGUCUGUAGAAAGCACUGUACCAACAUCUACAGUUACUGAUACUGAGACUUUCUCCGAAGUGUCUUCAGUUUCAUCAACAUCUGCAGAUAUUGGAACAACCUUAGAAGCCUCAACUACAUCUUCAACAAUUGCUUCAACUGUCACUUUACAAGAUUCAACAAUGCAGCAGCAAUCAACUGACUCAACUACUUCUGAAACAUCAACUGAUGUACUUUCAAGUGUAUCUAGUCAGUCUGUAGAAAGCACUGGACCAACAUCUACAGUUACUGAUACUGAGACUUUCUCCGAAGUGUCUUCAGUUUCAUCAACAUCUGCAGAUAUUGGAACAACCUUAGAAGCCUCAACUACAUCUUCAACAAUUGCUUCAACUGUCACUUUACAAGAUUCAACAAUGCAGCAGCAAUCAACUGACUCAACUACUUCUGAAACAUCAACUGAUGUACUUUCAAGUGUAUCUAGUCAGUCUGUAGAAAGCACUGUACCAACAUCUACAGUUACUGAUACUGAUACUUUCUCCGAAGUGUCUUCAGUUUCAUUAACAUCUGCAGAUAUUGGAACAACCUUAGAAGCCUUAACUACAUCUUCAACAAUUGCUUCAAUUGUCACUUUACAAGAUUCAACAAUGCAGCAGCAAUCAACUGACUCAACUACUUCUGAAACAUCAACUGAUGUACUUUCAAGUGUAUCUAGUCAGUCUGUAGAAAGCACUGUACCAACAUCUACAGUUACUGAUACUGAGACUUUCUCCGAAGUGUCUUCAGUUUCAUCAACAUCUGCAGAUAUUGGAACAACCUUAGAAGCCUCAACUACAUCUUCAACAAUUGCUUCAACUGUCACUUUACAAGAUUCAACAAUGCAGCAGCAAUCAACUGACUCAACUACUUCUGAAACAUCAACUGAUGUACUUUUAAGUGUAUCUAGUCAGUCUGUAGAAAGCACUGUACCAACAUCUACAGUUACUGAUACUGAGACUUUCUCCGAAGUGUCUUCAGUUUCAUCAACAUCUGCAGAUAUUGGAACAACCUUAGAAGCCUCAACUACAUCUUCAACAAUUGCUUCAACUGUCACUUUACAAGAUUCAACAAUGCAGCAGCAAUCAACUGACUCAACUACUUCUGAAACAUCAACUAAUGUACUUUCAAGUGUAUCUAGUCAGUCUGUAGAAAGCACUGUACCAACAUCUACAGUUACUGAUACUGAGACUUUCUCCGAAGUGUCUUCAGUUUCAUCAACAUCUGCAGAUAUUGGAACAACCUUAGAAGCCUCAACUACAUCUUCAACAAUUGCUUCAACUGUCACUUUACAAGAUUCAACAAUGCAGCAGCAAUCAACUGACUCAACUACUUCUGAAACAUCAACUGAUGUACUUUCAAGUGUAUCUAGUCAGUCUGUAGAAAGCACUGUACCAACAUCUACAGUUACUGAUACUGAGACUUUCUCCGAAGUGUCUUCAGUUUCAUCAACAUCUGCAGAUAUUGGAACAACCUUAGAAGCCUCAACUACACCUUCAACAAUUGCUUCAACUGUCACUUUACAAGAUUCAACAAUGCAGCAGCUGUCAACUGACUCGACUCUUUCUGUUUUACCUUGUAAUUGUACUUUGAACUUAGAAGAGUUGAAUUAUUGUGUUUCUUUAAGCAAACAAGAUGUUAUAGAUAAUUUUCAUGGACGAUGUUACGCUGAUAAACUAGUUGAAGCAAUUAGUUUUCUUAAUUCACGAAUCGAAUAUCUCAGUCUUCGAAUUUUACAUUUCGAUUCUUGUCGCAAACAGCUUCGAAAUGAGAUUUUAUUAAAGCGCAACUUAGUUAUUUCAGAAUAUGAUCAGUGCGCUAUUAAUACAGACUGUAGACUUGAACAACUGAGGUACUUAAUAAAGCACAAAAAAGAACAACUAGAGUUUGAUUUGGAAUUUGAAAGAUCUGGAUACGGCGACUACUUCUUUAAAGGAAUCUACAAAAAAGUGAAGAGUAUAUUUUAAAAGUUUAGAAAUAUGUUUUAAAAGUGACCAAACUUCAAAUAAAAAUUGGAAAGAAAAUAUUCGUGAUAUUGUUACUUAGAUACAUUUUAGCAUCAUUGCUGCAUAGAAACGUGCAACAUCGUUGCAUAGAAACGUGCGUCAUCUUAGUUAAAUAUACAUACACAUUUAUAUAUGUUACAAUUUUUUAUUUGAAAUUUUUUGUGGUUUAUUAUAAAAUAAAUAUAUCAAGUUUAUUGUUUUA